AUCUUUUGACGACCACAGUCUUUGUGUUGGGUUACCAGUUACUCGCAUGAUAGGGCUUCAUUGGGGUGUCUUUAUUACUGCGGCUUUACACCGAGGCAGCCUGAGGAGUUUCGCAUUAGCACUUUGAGCUGAAGUGGCUCCACCUUAACAAACCGAUGUCUGCUUUCAUGCAGUUCUUUUUUUGCAUUGACGUCAGUGCAUACAGCACAAAACAAGGGCUUUCUUCAUAUUUCCUAUGCUGCUGUGGUCAGAAUAUGGACAGAACAGCCAGACGAUGGUACCAAUCUUAAGGCAGCCUGACUGCGACAGUUGGUGAUUUCUCUCCCAUCACUUCGAAGAGGACACAGUGUCCAAGGAUACCCGCAACACGACCACCGUUGCCCAGUGUGCGGCCCAAACAGAAACCCACCACGGCAGCGCCCGGCAUCAUGAUGGAGGGGGGCAUGCAGCUGCUCAACCGCGAUGGGCACAGCAUCUCGCACAACUCGAAGCGGCACUAUCACGACUCGUUCGUCUCCAUGAACAGGAUGCGACAGCGCGGCCUGCUGUGCGACAUCGUGCUUCAUGUCUCCAACAAGGAAAUCAAGGCGCACAAAGUGGUGCUGGCGUCCUGCAGCCCUUACUUCCAUGCCAUGUUUACCAAUGAGAUGUCCGAGAGCCGGCAGACUCACGUGACCCUCCAUGACAUUGACGCUCAGGCUUUGGAGCAGCUUAUCCAAUACGCCUACACGGCGGAGAUCGUAGUCGGGGAAGGUAACGUGCAGACCUUGCUUCCAGCAGCAAGCUUGCUGCAGCUCAACGGGGUGAGAGACGCGUGCUGCAAGUUCCUCCUCAGUCAGCUGGACCCCUCCAACUGCCUGGGCAUCCGAGGCUUCGCAGACACGCACUCCUGCAGCGACCUGCUCAAGUCGGCGCACAAGUACGUGCUGCAGCACUUUGUGGAAGUGUCCAAGACAGAGGAGUUCAUGCUGCUGCCGCUGAAACAGGUGCUUGACCUGAUCUCCAGUGAUAAUCUGAAUGUGCCGUCAGAGGAGGAGGUGUACCGCGCCGUGCUGACCUGGGUGAAACAUGACAUAGACGGACGCAGGCAGCAUGUGCCUUGGCUGAUGAAGUGCGUGCGGCUGCCUCUGCUGAGGCGAGACUUCCUGAUGAGCAACGUCGAUACGGAGCUGCUGGUACGUCACCACUCGGAGUGCAAAGAUCUGCUGAUCGAGGCUCUGAAGUACCACCUGAUGCCCGAGCAGAGGGGGGUCCUGAGCAACAGCCGGACGCGCCCCCGGCGCUGUGAGGGGGCCAGCCCUGUGCUCUUUGCCGUCGGUGGAGGCAGCCUUUUCGCCAUCCACGGAGACUGCGAGGCGUACGACACCAGGACAGACCGCUGGCACAUGGUGGCAUCCAUGUCCACCAGGCGCGCACGAGUCGGUGUGGCAGCCAUUGGGAACAGACUCUAUGCUGUCGGAGGGUACGAUGGCACCUCAGACCUCGCAACCGUGGAGUCCUAUGAUCCCAUCACCAACUCCUGGCAGCCGGAGGUUUCCAUGGGAACGAGGCGGAGUUGUCUGGGUGUAGCUGUUCUGCAUGGCCUGCUGUAUGCUGCUGGGGGUUAUGAUGGCGCCUCCUGUCUGAACAGCGCGGAGCGUUACGACCCUCUGACCAGUACAUGGACAUCAAUUGCAGCGAUGAGUACCAGAAGGCGAUACGUUCGAGUUGCAACUCUGGACGGCAGCUUGUUUGCGGUGGGAGGCUACGACAGCUCCUCACAUCUGGCAACGGUGGAGAAAUACGACCCGCAGAGCAACACGUGGACUGCCAUCGCCAACAUGCUGAGCCGGCGCAGCAGCGCGGGAGUGGCUGUGCUGGACGGCAUGCUGUACGUGGCGGGAGGUAACGACGGCACCAGCUGCCUGAACUCGGUGGAGCGCUUCAACCCGAAGACAAACACCUGGGAAGGGGUCGCCCCCAUGAACAUCCGCAGGAGCACUCACGACCUGGUGGCUAUGGACGGGUGGCUGUACGCGGUGGGAGGCAACGACGGCAGCUCCAGUCUUAACUCAAUCGAGAAGUACAACCCGCGGAGCAACAAGUGGGUUGCGGCCUCCUGCAUGUUCACUCGGCGCAGCAGCGUCGGCGUGGCGGUGCUCGAGCUCCUGAACUUCCCGCCGCCUUCCUCGCCUACCCUCUCAGUGUCCUCCACCAGCCUUUGACACGGGGUCACCGUUUGGCUGACUUCGGCCACCGCUGCUACAGCCCAGACUGGAUCUGGGAAGAGACGCAACUGUUCAGUGUGAGACGAGGAGGAGGGACGACUGGGAGCGCCGGGGAGAGGGAGAACUGAAGGGACACCGUGUGAAUGAGGCCUCUUUAUUUGGUACGGUACACUCCAGAAUUAUUAGCAAACUUGGUUAAAAAGCUAACCAGGCAUGCUUUACAUAGCAACUAAAGACAAUAAGUAAUUAUAAAAAAUACUUUAUUAUAUGAUAAAAAAAAUAUUAUUUAAUAUAUCUUAAAUAAUAAAGAACUAUUAGUAUUAUUAAAUUAUGAUAAUUGUAAUUUUUUUUUAUAGUUUUUUUUAAACUAAUAAUUACUCUCUAUUAUUUAUUUUUUCCGUUCUUUUUUUUCCGCCAUGUUGCUGUUGGCUCUGAACUGCACCGUAUCUAGUCUGGAUUCCUCAGAGUCUCUCCAGAACAGCAAAACCAUACCCUUCAAAACUUAUUUCUUAAAAAUUUUUAAAAAUGUAAUAAAAAAAAAAAUUGGUGUGCCCACCAUGAUAAGUGUUUGACACACAUAUCGUAAAACAAAGUAGGCACUUUAUUCUGUAAUGUGUGUUGUAACUUUUUGGUUUGAUGUUGUAGUUCCCUGCAAAACUUUUUCUUUCAUGUCAAGAGUUUUUC